AAGAUCGCGCAAACUAAUUCAAGUUAGUCCGUUGCUGCAAAGCGGUUGCGGCAAAGCUAUCUAAAAUAAGCAACUUUAAACAACUGUGUUUUAAAAUAAUCUUUGAAUACUUCAAUAAGAUACUACAAUGCCACCUGUAGCGAUCCCAGAUGAGGCGCCAAAGAAGAGCCUCCGAGUGGCCAUCAUCGGUCAGAGCACGUUCGCUGCGGAGGUGUUCAAGCUGCUGCAGAAGGACGGCCAUGAGAUCGCCGGGGUCUUCACCAUCCUCGACAAGGGGAACCGAGAGGAUCCCUUGGCAACAAUCGCUGCACAGAACGGCAAACCUGUGUUCAAAUACAAGACAUGGAGAGUGAAGGGACAAAUCAUACCAGAAGUCCUAGAACAAUAUAAAUCUGUGAAAGCGGACAUCAACGUGCUCCCGUUCUGCUCCCAAUUCAUCCCGAUGGAGGUGAUCACGCUCCCUCAGUACCAGAGCAUCUGCUACCACCCGUCGCUGCUGCCGCGGCACCGGGGCGCCUCGUCUAUCAACUGGACGCUAAUAGAGGGCGACACUCGUUGCGGCCUGUCCAUCUUCUGGGCGGACGACGGGCUGGACACGGGCCCCGUGCUGCUGCAGAGGAGCUUCCCCGUCACGUUGGACGAUACGGUUGAUAGCAUCUACAAUAAGUACCUGUAUCCUGAAGGUAUAAAAGCGCUAGCACAGUCGGUGAACAUGGUGGCUAACGGCACCGCGCCCAAAGUGCCGCAAACGGAAGAGGGCGCCACUUAUGACCCCGCGUUGUUCAAACCAGAAUUACAUAGAAUAGACUGGUCGAAGCCAGGCGUCGCCCUCCACAACUUCAUCCGAGGUUUAGAUUCCUCCCCUGGUGCGACCACCUACAUCCACCCCCAGGGCGCCACCGAUCCUGGUUCUGAGCCUACAGUAGAGCUGAAGCUAUACGGGUCUUCAUUGUGGGAGGGCGAGUAUGAGGCUGAGGGUCGGGAGGUGGCAAUUCCGGGGUUGAAGACGCCGGCGGUGGUGCAUGAGGAUGGAAUGUUGAUUACUGCGAAUGAUGGGGUUAAGAUCAACAUCCAAAGACUAAAAGUGAACGGCAAAAUGAUAAAUGCGCAAAACUUCUUCAAAACAAACGAAAACAAAAUAACCUUAGAACUCACAGCCGAAGAAAAGAAAUUCGUCGAAAACGUACGAGACGUUUGGAAAGCCAUACUUAGAAUAGACAUAGAAAACGACACAGACUUUUUCGACUGCGGCGCUGGUUCUAUGGACGUGGUCCGUUUAGUCGAAGAAAUAAAGGAAAUAGCUGGUUUAGAACUGCAAAACGAAGAUGUCUACAUGAACACAACAUUCGAAGAGUUCUUUAACACAGCCGUUUUGAAAGCAAGAGGCGGUUCUGCUACUAAAGAAAUCACGUAUGAUGGAGUAGAAUUAGAAGUGAAUAAAAUGCGGAUAAAAUUUCCCACACAGCUAUUUAUAAAUGGUGAAUUUGUGAACUCCGAGAGCGGCAAGACGCUGACACUAGUGAAUCCUGCUGAUGAGACUGAGAUCUGUAAAGUGCAGUCCGCUUCAGCUAAGGAUGUGGAUAAAGCGGUGAAAGCGGCGAAAAAGGCUUUCGAUCAGGGAGAAUGGUCGAAAAUAAGUGCACGGGAGAGAGGGCAGCUGUUGUUUAAACUAGCAGACCUGAUGGAGAAGCACAAGGAGGAGCUAGCGACCAUAGAGUCGAUAGACUCGGGCGCGGUCUACACUCUGGCUCUGAAGACGCACGUGGGCAUGUCCAUAGACACCUGGAAGUACUUCGCCGGAUGGUGCGACAAGAUCCAGGGGUCUACUAUACCGAUCAACCAUGCUAGACCUAAUAGGAACCUAACAUUCACAAAGAAGGAGCCUAUCGGAGUGUGCGCCAUCAUAACUCCGUGGAACUACCCGCUCAUGAUGCUGUCGUGGAAGAUGGCCGCCUGCCUCGCCGCCGGCAACACCGUCGUCAUGAAGCCCGCUGCUGUAUGUCCACUAACAGCGCUCAAGUUCGCCGAGCUGUCAGUCCGUGCGGGCAUCCCGGCCGGAGUCAUCAACAUCGUGUGUGGAAGCGGCGCCGUCUGCGGGCAGGCGCUGGCCGACCACCCGCUUGUGAGGAAACUCGGCUUCACUGGGAGCACACCUGUAGGUCAACAAAUAAUGAAGUCAUGUGCAGUUUCAAAUCUCAAGAAAGUAUCUUUAGAACUCGGCGGCAAGUCUCCACUUGUGAUCUUUGAAGACUGCGAUCUAGAAAAGGCUGUCAGAAUAGGUAUGAGCUCCGUCUUCUUCAACAAGGGCGAGAACUGCAUAGCCGCCGGCCGUCUGUUCGUCGAGGAGCGAAUCCACGAUGAGUUCCUCAGACGAGUCGUGGAAGAAACCAAGAAGAUCAGCAUAGGAGACCCGCUGAAUAGAGGCACGGCGCACGGACCACAGAACCACAAGGCGCAUAUGGAUAAACUUAUUGAGUUCUGCGAGCGCGGCGUCUCAGAGGGCGCCACCUUGGUCCUUGGCGGCGCGCGCGUGCCCCGCCGCGGGUAUUUCUUCGCUCCCACCAUCUUCACUGACGUCACCGACGACAUGUGGAUAGCCAAGGAAGAGUCGUUCGGCCCCAUCAUGAUCAUUAGCAAGUUUAGUAGCAAAAACAUAGACGACGUGAUCCGCCGCGCCAACAACACCGAGUACGGCCUCGCAAGCGGCGUCCUGACCCGUGACGUCACUCGAGCCAUGACCUUCGCGGAGAGAAUAGACGCGGGCACCGUGUUCAUUAACACGUACAACAAGACUGACGUGGCCGCGCCCUUCGGAGGGUUCAAGUUGUCGGGCAUGGGGAAGGACCUUGGUCAAGAAGCUCUCAACGAGUAUCUCAAAACGAAGUGUGUUACUUUAGAAUACUAGAACUGUUUAAUAUAAGUUAGAUAUAUUUGUAAUGGUCAUAACAAUUAAUAAUCACAUUUUGUAGCUUUAAGUAAUGUCAUACAAUUGAUUUGUACAUUUGUUUUAUCUCAUUUUACAUAUAAAAUAUGUUGUGGUUGUGAAAAUCGUGUGUUUUAUCGUUAACGGAGUAAUAUAUUCUUUUAUUUUUAUAAAAA